CGCCAAAAAUUGCUUACGAUAUUAUUAUAAAGCUAUCCCUAGACAUGCACCAGUCCUCCUCUUGAUUUGACGCAGCGUGACCCAGGCGCUGCUGUGCCAGCACGCGUAUGGGUGAUUGAAGACGGAGCGGUAAUCUAAUCGCCCACGUGAAGGAGGACUGUUUCCAGUCGACGGAAGGACUGGGUUUUUAAGAGUUGUCUUUGGCACUUGCUGGGUUAGUUGCAUCAAGGUGGGGUAGGGAGUAGUGAAUCAUUUGCCUGGACCUGGUCUUGUCAAGACGGUGGACCUUGCAUCCAUAAGACAUACUUUGCUCCCCGUGUCGCAUCGCCUUGGUCUCCACUGAAGAGUUGCUAUAAUCACCUGCAGAGCUGAGGGUUUAAUUGAGCCGCGAAAACAGAUACACCAUCAUGACUAACUACAUCUUAUUCCUUGGCCUCGUGGUCGCCAUGUUUGCCAUCCUAGCAACGAGCUCAGAUGAUGCCGCCCUCAACGACGAGGUUCAGUCACCAGAGGACGCCGAGGCACUCAGCAACUUUCUGGACGGCCUCCUGCAGUCGAGGGUGGACCGUUCCUGGCGCAAACCCUGCGAUGGCAACUCGUGCAUCCAAUCUGGGGGACGAGGUUGGAAGAGGAAUCGCGCCCCCUUUAGUUUGGACGGUUUCAAGUGCGUCGGGGCCGGGUGCGAUAGAGGCUGGAAACGGACCUCGGAGAGGAAGCGUUAAAUGGUGGUGCAACGGGGCAGAUACCAGACCACUCAAGUGACCAAUAAAAAAACUGCUUUAGAUAUUGACAACGGCUAAUCUACUAAUCUACGUUUACAUUGAACUCAACGAUUAAGUUUCAUUCAACCCAUAAGAUAGUUUUAAAAAAUCAUCCUCUCGCUAGAUUGAUCAAACGAGUUGAAAAAUAUCACAGAGACAAUCUUUAGAACUAUUAAGCAUUCCUUUUUAGAAAAGAUACUGUAAAGAAAAUUCUAUAACAUUCAUUUGGUGGAAUGUUAUUAGUUUUAAUAUUUCAAGUUAAAUAGAUCUGUUAUCGAACGAAAAUAUAAUUCAGGUUUAUGUUACCUAAAUAUCUGAGAGUUUUGCGCCAUGUCAUUCCUGGAAUUAAUGAAACAACGGAAUUCAGUUUAAUUGGAAGCCUUAAAUACAUUUUCUUUUCAUUUAAUAGGGUAGGGCAUUACAAAAUGUAAGAUUAUGAACAGUUUGAAGUAGUUAAAUGUAGGAAGAGAUUCGCACAAAAUAUUGCAUUGGAGAUGGCGGAUUUGACCAGAAUCGAUAACAACAAAAUCGAAUAAAGGAAAAUGGAUUUGAAGAAUCGAGGUGUCGGUGAUGCCAAAUUUUCUACGUUUGCACAUUUCUAACAUUACAACACCUUUAAAAAAAUCUCUAUUAUAAUGCACCUCGUGGUAUAUGCAUACAAUAUUAAUAAGAAUAGAAAACGAUAUGGGUUUUUUUUCGGCGAUAGCUACAACUACUGAACUCCAUGGCAUUUGUGCUAUUCAUCAUAUUUUCAAAUACACUAAAAUAAUUUGUAUGUGGAUUGGAUCCUAUGAAUAUUAAAGCGUCUAGAAGCACACAAACGUAUUUGUAGCCCAAUCUCACGUUUCGUUUUCCGCUUGGGCCGUCUUCAGCGCAUGAAUGACCGACUGACAUCAACCAAAUUGAUUUGUUUUUAAACCCCAAGGUUUUUAAAUUUGUUCGCAAUGUGUCGCUAGAAUAUCCUACUUCAAUGCUUAUCCCAAGAUGCGCAGUCCCAAGCCACAUUUGCAAAGGGUAUACCGUCAAAAUAAUACCUUUACGGUGUCACUCGGGCCGUUUAGCAAUCUAUCAAAAGUGUUUCCGCGGGCAAAAGUUGUCCCACAGCCCGUCAAUUUGUGCCAACACUUUGAACGCCUUUGGCAAGUCGACUACUUAGCUGCUGUUAUAGGGAAAUCAGUGUACAUACAAAUGUUAGCUGUAAUAAACAUUGUGUUAUCGCUAUAAUGU